AUGCAGUCUCCUUGCGGCGGCGUGAUGGCGGUGCAGCUGGCUGCGUUGCCGUCGCUCGGGCAACUGGGUCGGCGCAGGAAGCUGUCUUUCUCUCGACAGAAACUGCCAUUUUUUUCUCAGGUGAAAGACGCUCGGUCUUCCUCUCGCCAGGACCCUCACCCUGCUCAGAAUCCACGUCUCUCUUCUCUUUCUGUCUUCCCUUGCUCCGUCUCCAGACCUCAUUCUUCUCGACUCCUGCCGCAGCCUUCUGCUUGUCGCCUCUCGGUUUCUUUCUUUUCGUCUUCGGUGUCUCCAUCCUCUUCUGCUUCUUUCGCGUCUUUGCGUUUCUUCUUCUCCACUGCUGUGCCGCGCGUCUCUGCCCAGUCGACUGUGCCUCUGUCUUCGCGUUUCUCGCGUCCUUUCUUCUGCUCCUCUUCCUUCUCCCUGUCUCCUUCCCGUCCUUUCUUCCAUCCCAUUCAUGUUCGCGGCUUCUGCGGUAGGACCUCUCUUCUGGGUCCUCUUCGUUCUCUCGUUUCUCCGCGUCAACCUCUUGCCUCUUCUCCCCUCUGUUCUCUUCCGUCAUCUUCUCUUUCGCCUGCUCUUCCCUCGUCUUUUCUCUCGGCUGCGCCGUCGCUGUUGACGUUUUGCCGCACCAAGAUGGUGAAGUCGGCGUCGUACCGUCGGCCGAGUCGCGCGUCUCCGACCGGUCAGGCGCGGAAGCCGCAUGUUGGGGUCCGGCGCCUGGCUGCGGAGUAUGUAUGGCCAGGCGUAGUGCUGGUCAAGCAGCGCAAAGUCAUUGCCUUCAACGUCGAGACCAAGCGGAGAAACAGACAUUUCAAGUUGUAUCCUGGAGAGAACGUAAAAGUCUCCAAAGUGACGAAUCUGGUCGCGCUGUGUCAUGGCCGCGUAAAGUUCACCCACGACGUUUCUCGAGACGUCCUCGUCGUCAACGUAUUGCCCGAAAGAAGAGAAGAGCUGCUCCGCGAGGACCUCUGGCGGUACCGGACGGAACAUGUACGGUCGAUGGAGGAGAACAGACACAUUUGUUUUCUGCGGCGAAAAGCGGUGCGCAUGUUCGGCAAGGAACUCGUGAAUCCGCCGACCAAGCCGCCGCUCCGGCCUUUCUACUUCACCAAGUACGACUCCUGGGAGAAUCCUGCACUUCCAGAUGUCCCCCAACUCGACGACGACAUGUAA